UGUCCGGCGGGCCGAGCGGCCUGUACUCCGGGCCGGAGAUUUCCUUGCGACUCCUUGGGGAGAGAAAAAAGUCGAGACCCCACCGAGCCCGGGCCCCAGCGGAGCGGAGCCACAGCCGAGUCAGAUGAUGCCUGCGGCCCUGGGCCCCCUGAUCCUGGCUCCUCUGGAGCAGGAGGGGCUCCCGAUUGGGAAGCUGGAAGAGGAAGACCCCCGCUGGAGACAGGAAGCCAUCCUGAGAGGAGGCACCCCGGCCCCGGAAAUUUCCCACCAGCGCUUCAGGCAAUUCCGCUACCACGAUUCUUCCGGGCCGCACGAUGCCCUGGGCCGGCUCCGGGAGCUGUGCCGUCAGUGGCUGCGUCCGGACCGGCGCACGAAGGAGCAGAUCCUGGAGCUGCUGGUCCUGGAGCAGUUCCUCACCGUCCUGCCCGCCGACAUCCAGGCCUGGGUGCGGGAACGGAAUCCCGAGAGCGGCGAAGAGGCCGUGACCCUCGUGGAGAACUUAGAGAGGGAGCCCAAGAAGCUGAUGCGCUGGGUCACAGUUCAGAUGCAGGGCCGAGAGGUUCUCCUGGAGACGAUGGAUUCGUCCAGUUUCCCCCUGGGCCCGGUGGAUCCUCAGCCCGAAGGCCCGUCGCCGGAGCGGGGCCCCCCGAGCCCACCCCCGGGUCCCCAGGACCCACUGAGUCACAGCGUAAAAGAGGAGGAGCCUGACAUCCUGCGGGAGAGCGCUCUUCCCGCGCCUCAACUUCCAGCCUUGCCCGAAGAGGGAAGCACCGGAGAUCAGGAGGCGGCUUAUUCGCUUCUCCCAGUUGGGACUCAGAAGCAGUGGGAGCAGCUGGACCCCGCUCCCAGCACGCUCUUCGGGAACGUCGUGUGGGAGAACGCCGCCGGGACCGCAGCCGCGCUAGGUGAGGACGUCAUUUGCAGACAGUCGGCCAGGAGGAGCCUGGAGGAUGUCCCGGCCCGAUGCCCCGAGGCUUACAGGGGGACCGGGAGAAUCCUCGCCCUGAAGUCCCUGCCGCGCGGCUUCUCUGAAAUCGUGAACCCCCUGAGGGACAGAGGCUACGGCUGUUUUGAUGAUCUUUUCCCAAACCAGAGCCGACGGUCGCGACGGGCCCAGGAGAUGAGCCGUGGGGUCCCGAUCUUCACGAGCCCGAAGAGCGAGCGGGCCCGAGGGGCGCCGGCACGGAGCCGACGGUCCAGCCGGGGGGCCGGGCGGCCCGAGGCAGGCGAGACGCGGGCCGGGCCCGGCUCCGAGCCGGCCACUUCGGCCCAGGGCGGCCCCUGUGUCCGAGCCAGCCGCGGAUGCAGCUCCAGCGGACCCCGGGCCCGCGGCGACCCUGAGCAGAGCGGCGCGCGGGGGGUUCCUGAAUGUAUCCUCAGGUGGCUCGGAGCCAGGAAGGAGCCUCCUCGGCUGGAAGUGACCCCGUCCUCCUGGGCUGUAAAACCUCCCCGCCCCGCAGCUCUUCGCGGCCGGCCCAGCCCGCAGACAGUUGCCAAAAGGGGGGCGGAGAGAAACGACGGCGACGAGAGUCUCCCGGAAGAAGGCGGCGAGGCCUCCAGAGGGACGCCGUCCCGGGGGACCCCGGGGGACCGCUCCCCCUCCGUCCCGGGGCGCGUCGCCUACCGGGACCGACGCGGGAGUCCCGUCGAGAGGAGCCCGAGUCCCCCGCCGGCGGCCCCCCGGCGGGAGGAGCCCCCUCCCCGGGCGGGAGACCCCCCGGGAUCCCACCGGUGCCUCGACUGCGGGGAGAGCUUCGCCCAGAAGUCCAAGCUGGCCCGCCACCGGCGGUGCCACUCCGGCGAGAGGCCCUCCGGGCGCCCCGCCUGCGGCUGGAAGCCCCCCGUCCUCGGCCCGCGGCGGGCGCCCGCGGGGGAGCGGCCGUACGAGUGCCCCGUCUGCGGGAAGGGCUUCGGCUACAGCUCGAGCGUCACCGUCCACCUGCGCAUCCACACCGGGGAGAAGCCCUACAAGUGCGCCGGCUGCGGGAAGGGCUACGGCGACCGCUCGGUCCUCCGCUACCACGAGCGGACGCACCUGCAGGAGAAGCCCUACCGCUGCGGGGACUGCGGCCGGGGCUUCAACGACCGCUCGGCCCUGCGCUACCACCGGCGGACCCACACCGGGGAGAAGCCCUACCAGUGCCCCGGCUGCGGGAAGGCCUUCAGCAUGAGCUCCAACUUCUACCGGCACCUGCGCACCCACACCGGGGAGAAGCCCUACCGCUGCGGGGACUGCGGCAAGAGCUUCGGCGACCGCUCCGUGCUCUGCUCCCACCGGCGGACCCACACCGGGGAGAAGCCCUACGAGUGCCCCGUCUGCGGGAAGGCCUUCAGCCGCAGCUCCAACCAGAAGCUGGUCCUCCACCAGCGCGUCCACACCGGGGAGAGGCCCUACCAGUGCCCCAGCUGCGGGAAGGCCUUCAGCCGCAGCUCCUGCCUGGCGGUCCACCGGCGGGUCCACACGGGCGAGAAGCCCUACAAGUGCCCCCUGUGCGGCAAGGGCUUCAGCCGCAGCUCCAACCUCUAUUCCCACCAGAGGACCCACACGGGGGAGAAGCCCUACCAGUGCGCCGAGUGCGAGAAGCGCUUCGGCCACCACUCGGCCCUCUACCACCACAAGCGCAUCCACACCGGGGAGAGGCCCUACCAGUGCCCCAGCUGCGGGAAGGGCUUCAGCAAGAACUCCGACCUCUUCACCCACCAGAGGACCCACACCGGGGAGAAGCCCUACAAGUGCCCCAGCUGCGGAAAGGGGUUCAGUAAGAACUCGGACCUGUACGUCCACCAGCGGGUCCACACCGGGGAGAGGCCCUACAGGUGCCCCAGCUGCGGGAAGGGCUUCAGCAAGAGCUCCAACCUCUACGCCCAUCAGAGGGUCCACACGGGCGAGAAGCCCUACAAGUGCCCCAGCUGCGGGAAGGGCUUCAGCAAGAGCAUCCACCAAAGAGCCCACGUAGGGAAGAAGUCGUGUAAGUGCUCGGACUACGUCGAGCUGCGCGGGCAGGAGGUGAUCGGGGCCAAUGAUCCGAAGGGCGGCUCCGGACCUGAACCCCCAGGUGACCAGGAAAGCGGGUCGGCCCCACCGCGUCUACGGAAAAGCUCGGACAAUCCCAACUCACCCACCUGGGAAGGACGGCGAUACGGAGGCGAGAGCCCGCCGUCCGGGGCCGCUCGCUCCCCCGCCCCUCGGCCCACCUCUAUGGCAACGGCCCGAGGAGGGGCCCCCGACCCGCUCCCAAACAGGCCCGGGGACCGGAAGCGGCGCCCGUUCCGAGGACGGCGGGCGGCCGUAGCCCGGAUCGGGGUCGCCUUUGCGCAGGCGCGGGCGGGCCGAGAGGCCUCUCUCCCUCCCCGGGCUCCUGAGUUCUCGGGCGGGAUCGCCUUCUCUGAGGAGAAAAUCUCCUUAAAUAGCUCCUCCAGGGAGAGAGGCUCUGAAGUCCGGAACUUCGGCCCCCGUCAGCAAGCAAAAAGCCAGAUGAUGCCUGCGGCCUAUUGCCUAAGUCCCCCGAUCCCAGCUUCGCAGCACCAAGAAUCCCAGAUGGUGAAACUGGAGGAGGAAGAGAUCUCGCCCUGGGCCCCGGCAUCCGUCCCGCAGCGGGAGCCCCCCGACCCCGAGGCCUCCCGCCUGAGUUUCAGGCGAUUCCGCUACCAGGAGGCCGCCAGACCCCACGAGGCCCUGGGCCGGCUCCGGGAGCUGUGCCGGCGGUGGCUGCGUCCGGACCGGCGCACCAAGGAGCAGAUCCUGGAGCUGCUGGUCCUGGAGCAGUUCCUCGCCGUCCUGCCCGCCGACAUCCAGGCCCGGGUGCGGGAGCGGAGGCCAGAGAGCGGAGAGGAGGCCGUGGCCCUGGUGGAGGGGCUGCAGCGGGAGACCUUGAGACCAAGACUGUGGGUCACGGUCCAGGUGCACGGACAGGACGUUCUCUCCGAAGCGACAGAGGCCCUGAGCUUCCGGAUGGAGUCCCACCCGAAAGGAGGGUCCCGGCAGGAGGGGCCGCGCAUCCCGCAUCCCGGACCGGAGCAGCCGCCGAGAGCCGGCCUCAAAGAGGAGCCCGUCCUUCUCCAGAAUCGGGAUGGCGUCCUGCCCGCCCCCCGACUUCCGGCCCACGUUCCGCCGGGGAACACCGGAGACGAGACGAUGCCUGCCACGCUGCUCCCGGUCGGGUCCCUGGAGGAAGGUCGGCGUCCGGAUCGCACCCGGAAGGAGGUCUACAGGGACGUCCCGUGGGAGGGCUACGGAAACCUGGCCUCGGUGGGGUCGGGGCGGGCGUCCCGCGGAGAGAACCGUCCAGGGGACGAACCCGAGGCCCGGGAGCGAGAAACCUCGUCCCCACCCCGCCAGCCGGGCGGAGCCUCCGGGAGAGGCGACAAACCGGGAAGCGCCGGCGGGAGGCCAGGUGACUGCCGGGAAAAUCCUCCCCGGGGAGCGAGGGGGAGCGGCCCGCCGCGGAGCGGGAGCCAGAGGGGCCCCCCGGCCGGCCGCCCGGAGACCCCGCGGAAGAAGGGGAAGCCCCCGGAGCAGGACGGCCACGCCGUCCGCCUCCCCGAGAGAGCCGCGCGGGCCGCCCCCCACGUGUGCCCCAGCUGCGGGAAGGGCUUCCGCUGGAGCUCCCACCUGUACAUCCACCAGAUCACCCACACAGGCGAGAAGCCGUUCACGUGCCCGAGCUGCGGCCGGGGCUUCAGCCGCUGCUCCAGCCUCCAGCGGCACCAGCACGUACACACCGGGGAGAAGCCUUACGAGUGCCCCAGCUGCGGGAAGAGCUUCAGCCGCAACUCCAACCUCGACCGGCACCAGAGAAUCCACACGGGCGAGAAACCCUACCGCUGCCCGAGCUGCGGGAAGGGCUUCGGGGACAGCGCCAAUCUCUUCAGGCACCAGCGGGUCCACUCGGGAGAGAAACCCUACCGCUGCCCCACGUGCGGGAAGGGCUUCACUAAGAGUUCGCUCCAGAGGAUUCACACGGGGAAGAAGUCCUGCGGCCGGCCCCUGUGACCCCCGCCCGGCCUGUCCCACCUUUCCUCGCCCUGACUUAUCCGCCUCACUCCUUCGGGACCGGGGACCGGGUGGAGGGAAAACGGCGACCCGAGAGCCUGUCUCGCCGACUGAGCUCCGCCGAUUCCCGCUCACCCAAACUGGGACAGGGAUGUUUCUCGAGCGUGAGGCUCCACUGACUUCCGAAGUCCCCGCCGAGCCGUUUCUGCGGGGGCCGGGAGGAAGAGGACGGACGUGACCCUUCUCUGCCGAAGGACGGAUGAACGGAAGAACGGAUGAAUAAACAUCCGUUGGGUGA